AUGUUGGGUAAUGUGGGGGUAAAGAUGGCGGCGUCCUCCUCAGCAGGACGCGUCGUGACUCUCUGCAGACAGUUUCAAAAUGUCCUGAGGAUUUCUUCAGCGAUUAACGCGCAGCCCUGCGUCGCUAAUGUGACCAAACACCAGAGUCCCGUUUCCAGGCAAAAGCCUCCUGUCUGGGCUUCAUCCUGGUGCAGUCCGAUCAGUUCUGUGGUUCAGUGUCGAGCUCUGCACACGACCGUCAGCAGAAGAGGACUGGAAGAGUUCUUCGACCUCCCUGAGAACUGGGGGGAGACCAAUGUGAAGUCAGGUGCACCGUGGACUGCCAAACAUCUGAGAACAAAGAGCAACGAGGAUUUACACAAACUCUGGUAUGUGCUGUUGAAAGAGAAGAACGUGCUGCUGACGCUCGAGCAGGAAGCAAGAAGACAAAGGGUUCAGAUGCCGAGUCCAGAAAGAAUAAGGAAGAUUGAGCGAUCCUUGAUCAGGCUGGAGACGGUGGUGAGCGAGAGAGAGACGGCUCUGCGUCUGCUGCAGACAGGACAGGAAAAAGGCCGACCAGGAGCCUGGAGGAGGAACAUAUUUGGACACGUCUCCUGGUAUCGAUUCAAAGAGUACGCAAUUCCUUGGUACAUGAAUAAAAGAUACAAGCGAAAGAGGUUCUACACACCCGAGUUUGUCCAACCACACAUGAGGCUGCGUUUAGAGAAGCACCUUCGGGGCAAGGCCAGGAAAGCGAACUUGAAGAGGGACACCGAGGCCAAGCUGAAGGAGAAGUUUCCUCAAAUGAAGGUUUCAUCAUCGUGAAGUUUCAGGCGUCCCUCGUGUUUGUUUUUGAAAGAUCUGUUCCAAACAUCUGUCCAGAAGCAGAACCCUCUCCACUCUGGACUUUGCCGUCUGAAUCAGGGCACUUCUUAAAACUGAAGUCGUUCUAAAACUAGAAAAUAUGUAUGUGCUGUUAUUAAAUCCUAUAGGAUAAAUAACACCUGAAAUAUAUUGGUCACUGUAUUCAUACCCUUUAUUAAAGUCUUUUUUUCCUCUGAA